CUGCAUUUAAAAGCAUAAAUGAAGCAGCUGGCGGGUUAAGCAGAGAAGUAGAUCUAAACUAAUGGAGACUAAGCAAGUUUGUAAGCGCAUGGACUUGGUUUGUCAGCGAAUGUUAAAUCAAGGAUUUCUGAAAGUGGAAAGAUACCACAACUUGUGUCAAAAGCAAGUUAAAGCUCAGCUUCCAAGGCGGGAGUCGGAAAGAAGAAAUCAUUCGUUAGCUCGUCAUGCAGACAUCCUUGCUGCUGUAGAAACAAGACUCUCUCUAUUAAAUAUGACUUUCAUGAAGUAUGUGGAUUCUAAUCUCUGUUGCUUCAUACCUGGAAAGGUAAUCGAUGAAAUUUAUCGUGUGCUAAGGUAUGUAAACUCUACAAGAGCUCCUCAGAGAGCCCAUGAAGUUCUUCAAGAACUAAGGGACAUUUCUUCCAUGGCUAUGGAAUAUUUUGAUGAGAAGAUUGUUCCAAUACUGAAAAGAAAGCUGCCUGGGUCAGAUGUAUCAGGACGUCUCAUAGGAGCUGCCCCAGUUCCAGGGCCUUCUGCAGCACUAACAACAAUGCAGCUCUUCUCCAAGCAAAACCCUUCGAGACAGGAGGUGACCAAACUCCAGCAGCAAGUGAAGACAAACGGUGCGGGGGUGACAAUGCUGAGGCGGGAAAUCUCGGAGCUUCGCACCAAAGUGCAGGAACAACAGAAACAGCUCCAAGACCAAGAUCAGAAACUGCUAGAGCAAACCCAAAUCAUAGGCGAACAGAAUGCCCGCUUGGCUGAGCUCGAGCGCAAACUGCGAGAGGUGAUGGAGAGCGCAGUAGGAAAUUCCUCGGGUUCUGGCUCAAACGAAGAAUCUCCUAGAAAACGGAGGAAGGCAGCCGAAUCUGUAGACUGUCCUAGGAAAUCUAAACGGCUUCGAAACAGAAAAUAACUU